CUUUUCAACCUUCACUACGAGCACGGUACCGAGAGGGGCACCUUCAAGCAGGGGUCGAUUAAAAACCACUUCUGAUAUAUAUACACACAUACAGAAAUCAUGUCCUUCCUCUCUGUCAGCAGAAUAGCCCCGAGGCUCCUCAGUUCAAAGAAUGCAGCAUGCGUCCUUGUUGCGGCCAGAAAUGUCAGCGGAUCCACGAAUUUGAAAGACGUCCUGGCAGACCUCAUUCCCAAAGAACAGAGCAGGAUCAAGAGCUUCAGACAGCAACAUGGCAAAACCAAUAUCGGUCAGAUCACUGUUGACAUGGUUUACGGAGGAAUGAGAGGCAUGAAGGGUUUAGUGUACGAGACCUCAGUGCUUGACCCUGAUGAGGGCAUCCGUUUCCGUGGUUACAGCAUUCCAGAAUGUCAGGAGCUGUUGCCCAAGGCUCCUGGUGGAGAGGAGCCGCUGCCAGAGGGUCUAUUCUGGCUGUUGAUCACAGGACAGGUGCCCAACGUGGAGCAGGUGAAUUGGUUGUCUAAGGAGUGGGCCAAACGUGCGGCUCUUCCAUCUCACGUGGUCACCAUGCUGGACAAUUUCCCCACCAACCUGCACCCCAUGUCCCAGUUCAGCGCCGCCAUCACAGCUCUGAACAGCGAGAGCAGUUUCGCUCGGGCUUACUCUGAGGGUGUCAACAAGGCCAAGUACUGGGAGUUUGUGUAUGAGGAUUCCAUGGACUUGAUCGCUAAGCUUCCCUGCGUGGCGGCUAAGAUCUACCGUAACCUGUACCGCGAGGGCAGCAGCAUCGGCGCCAUCGACUCCAACCUGGACUGGUCACAUAACUUCACCAACAUGCUGGGCUACACCGAUACACAGUUCACAGAACUGAUGAGGCUGUACCUCACCAUUCACAGUGACCAUGAGGGUGGAAACGUCAGCGCACACACCAGCCAUCUGGUAGGCAGCGCUCUGUCCGACCCCUACCUCUCCUUCAGUGCUGCGAUGAACGGCCUGGCAGGACCUCUGCACGGACUGGCCAAUCAGGAGGUGCUGGUAUGGCUCACAGCCCUGCAGAAGGAGCUUGGCGGUGAGGUUUCUGAUGAAAAGAUGAGGGAUUACAUUUGGAACACACUUAAAUCAGGCAGAGUGGUGCCAGGUUAUGGCCACGCUGUGCUGAGAAAGACAGAUCCUCGCUACACCUGCCAGCGCGAGUUUGCCCUUAAGCAACUUCCCAACGACCCAAUGUUCAAGCUGGUCGCUCAGCUCUACAAGAUCGUACCCAAUGUGCUGUUGGAGCAGGGCAAAGCCAAGAACCCCUGGCCAAAUGUAGACGCUCACAGCGGAGUCUUGCUGCAGUAUUACGGCAUGACUGAGAUGAACUACUACACUGUGCUGUUCGGCGUGUCCCGGGCCCUGGGUGUCUUGGCUCAGCUGGUGUGGAGCAGAGCACUCGGCUUCCCUCUGGAGCGUCCCAAGUCCAUGAGCACAGACGGACUCAUCGGUCUGGUUGGGACCAAGUCAGGCUAGAGAGGGAGAGACCGUGCCAGCGGAGUGGGAAAAGGAAGGGGAGGAGCUUAAACUAUAGUAGAAACAAGCCUACGGGCUAAGGGAUUUAAAGAGACAGUACACUUUUAAAUGUCAUCUUAAAAGGGCCUUUGUUAUUAAUUGCAUCAGGAUAAUAUUCUUUCUUGCCCGACAACUCACACACUAGCUUCUUUUUCACUCUCGCACUUGACGAUUUUUCAGGUCUUAUGAACAAUUCUUCCUUCAGUGUACAGGUUUGAAGGCUUGCAAGAAUACAGCUGAGAAAUCAAAUCUAUGUAUCUGUUAUUCAAUAGAAGAGUUGGCGCUUCACUUAGUAUGUAAAUAAACCCCUUAUUAGAACAAACAGAUGCUUUAUCCCAAGCAGUCAUACAAACUCGGUUUUAGUCUUGAUAUAUUUAUUUUCCUGAAAUCAGAUGUUCACGCGAGCCUUGACAAAAGUCCUGCUCCGAGCCUGUCAGAAAACUCUAUGCAAUUCGACAGCGCGUCCCUCUAGAUAACAUCAACAUGUCUCUCCUCAUAUGAGCACUCCAUUAUGGCAAACAGGUCCUCUCUCAAUCGAAUUGAUUCUGUGACUUCAGUUCAAUUUGAGAAGCUUGUACAUUUGUUGAAAAGGGUACUGCCCCUUUAAGUUAUCUCUCAUAUUGCUGUCUGACUUCAACCCAUCAUCUUCGUCUUCUUGCGGUUGUUGUGUGUCGACACACUUGUUUUGGUGCACCCUCUCAUUUGAAAUAUCGGUCUGUUCCGUUACAUUAAGGCUAAAGAACAUAUUAGUUAGACACACAGGUACUAAUGGCUGGCACUAAUAGCUUUACUGUUCAAGUUGAAUCUGUAGAACUUGGAUCGGAGUUAUUUACACAAGUAAUUGUAGUUGUAGGCGAUUUGUGUAUCAACUUGAGAGCAAGCUGAACAAUCUUAAGUCAAUGUCCUGUCCGUGCUUAUUCCGUUAAUGUUCAUUGAGCGUUUUUAAAAACCUCUACUUAAAACCCUUAAUAAUUGGAAAGACAUUUUCUUUUAGCUGUUUGGAGUUCUUUUUACUUUGGGUGUUUUGUACAACCAUGUUUUGUGUAAAGCGUCAAUCAUCUUGUGCAGGUAUACAUAAUUUGUGGUUUUAUUUAUUCAUGUAAAUAGUGCUUGAAUGUAUGAACUGUUUAAACGGAUCAAAACUGAUUUCCAACAAGCAUAACCAACUUUAAUCACACACCUCAACCUUUAUUCUAAAUAAAGCUAUACCUUUAAAUGAAAACAGGGCAAUAUCUUUUAAAUGAAGUUGAAUGAUCUGACCUUGGGUUUUCAUGCUUGCUCUCAGGGGUGUUUUAUUUUUUUUGAAAUCCGAAAGCUCUUGUUGCCUCCAUAAGCACUCCAUUAGCUAACAAUGGCACCCGUGUCACAGGUCAUAACAAAAUAUACUUGUCCAGUUGGCCACGCCCUUUCCAGUAUGUCGGUUAUCUUCAUGGUGUGUGUGCAUGUUUUGUGUCACGUGAGGAUCUUUAAAAUAAUGAACAAUAUGAAUAUGAAGAUGAUUGGUUAAAGUCAGAUGUAACCAGGGAAAUGGGAGGGGAAUGAGAUAUUGGGCUUAAAUCAGUAAAUUGACUUGGGAGAAGAAGCUUAAGUGAACAAAGAAAAAAAUCGGGAAAACUUGACAAAAAAGUAAAACCAAUAAAUGUUUUUAACAAAA